AAAACAUAACGCAUCUCAGGACCAAGCCCACGUCUCUCGAAGGACAAUUAAGGGUUUGCCUGUCACGAGAAACGAUUAUGCUACAGGCAAAAUAUUCUUGAUUUCUCUUCGAAGUUUACGAGCUGCUUGUUUUUCCAACUUCCUAUACCCUGUUGUGUAUACCACUCCGAAUCGGCACCUGAUUGAGAGCAGCCCGCCAACAUGGACUACGAGGCCUUGAAGGACCAAUGGAGCGAUGUGGAGGACCGCGAUGGCAUUAGGCUCAGCUGGAAUACGUUUCCUAGCUCGCGCAUGGAAGCGUCCCGCCUGGUCGUGCCCAUCGGAGCCAUGUAUACUCCGCUGAAGGAGAAGCCCGAUUCUCCUUUGCUUCAGUACGAGCCGGUCACUUGCAAGCCUCCCUGUAAGGCAGUUCUGAAUCCCUACGCCAACGUUGACGUCCGAGCUCGUAUCUGGAUAUGUCCCUUCUGCUUGAUGCGCAACCCGCUUCCUCCCCACUACAAGGAUAUCACAGAGAAUGCGAUUCCGCCAGAGCUUCAUCCUCAGAGUACGACUAUCGAGUACCAGCUGGCUCGCCCCGCCCCAGCACCUCCAAUCUUCAUGUACGUCGUGGACACAUGCCAGGAGGAAGACAGCUUGAAGGCCUUGAAGGACUCGCUCGUCAUGAGCUUGUCAUUGCUCCCUCCAAAUGCGCUCGUUGGUCUGAUUACUUUUGGCACAAUGGCUCAAGUCCAUGAGAUUGGCUACACGGAGUGCGCAAAGUCCUAUGUCUUCAGAGGAAGCAAGGACUACACUGCCAAGCAGGUGCAGGAAAUGCUUGGACUUCUUGCCCCCGCUAUGCGUCAGCCCAUGCCUCAGCAGCCUGUCCGGCCACACCCACCCGCGGCCCGAUUCUUGCUACCCGUCCAGCAAGCGGAAUUCCAGAUUACAAACGUCCUCGAGCAGCUUCAACAUGACCCAUGGCCUGUUGCUAAUGACAGAAGACCUCUGAGAUGUACUGGCGUUGCUUUGAGCGUUGCUGUUGGUCUCUUGGAGACUUCGUUCCAGAACGCCGGUGGACGUAUCAUGGUCUUCACCAGUGGACCGGCCACCGAAGGUCCUGGCCAUGUUGUUGGGCCUGAACUGAAGGAGCCGAUGAGAUCCCACCAUGACAUCGACCGGGACAACAUCAAAUACUACAAGAAGGCGGUUAAGUUCUACGACGGCCUUGCCAAACGAGCUGCUCACAACGGGCAUAUAGUCGACAUUUUCGCCGGAGCUCUCGACCAAGUUGGUCUCUUGGAAAUGAAGAAUCUCGCAAACCACACUGGUGGUCAUAUGCUCCUUACUGACAGCUUCACGUCAUCACAAUUCAAGCAGUCGUUUGUCAGAAUAUUCGACAAGGACCAGAAUGACAACCUGCUAAUGGGAUUCAACGCCUCGCUGGAGGUUCUUACGACCAAGGAGCUUAAGGUUACUGGUCUUAUUGGCCAUGCAGUCUCUCUCAACAAGAAGUCCAGUUCUGUCGGCGAGACUGAAUGCGGUAUCGGUAACACCUGCGCCUGGAAGAUGUGCGGUAUUGACCCCGCCUCCAGUUAUGGCAUUUACUUCGAGAUUGCCAGCCAAGGUGGUCCGGCUCCCAUGCAGCAGGGACCUCAGAGGGGCAUGAUGCAGUUUUUGACCUAUUACCAACACUCCUCUGGGCAAUAUCAUCUCCGAGUUACGACGGUGGCACGGAACCUAAGCGGACCGGCUGGUGACCCUACUCUUGCACAGUCGUUCGAUCAGGAAGCAGCCGCCGUCCUAAUGGCGCGCAUUGCUGUAUUCAAGGCGGAAGUCGAUGACGGCCCUGACGUACUGAGAUGGGUCGACCGAAUGCUCAUCAGACUUUGCUCGCGCUUCGCAGACUACCGAAAGGAUGAUCCUUCAUCUUUCCGCCUGGAGAAGAACUUCACCCUCUACCCUCAGUUCAUGUUCCAUCUUCGACGUAGUCAGUUCUUACAGGUCUUUAACAACUCUCCCGAUGAAACAGCAUUCUACCGACACGUCCUUAACCACGAAGAUGUGGGCAACUCUCUUAUUAUGAUUCAGCCCACGCUGGACUCUUAUUCCCUGGAACAUGAGGGCAGUCAGCCCGUCCUUUUGGACUCUGCCUCUAUCCAGCCUACCCACAUCCUCCUGCUGGAUACCUUCUUCCAUAUCCUUAUCUUCCACGGUGAAACGAUGGCUGCAUGGAGAAAGGCUGGUUACCAGGACCAAGAAGGUUACGAGAACUUCAAGACUAUUCUUGAACAACCUAAGGAGGACGCAAGGGAGCUUAUUUCCGACCGUUUCCCACUUCCCCGCUUCAUUGUCUGUGACGCUGGUGGCUCGCAAGCGCGUUUCCUGCUUUCCAAGCUCAACCCGUCGACGACUCACUCCACCGGAGGAUAUGGUGGAGGUAUAAGUGCACAGACCAUCUUUACUGAUGAUGUCUCGCUACAGACUUUCAUGGAGCACUUGAUGAAGCUUGCCGUGUCCGGAACCAACUAGACAUGACGAGGAGAUGAUAGUAACUCAGAAAGGGCGGUUAAACGUCACAUAUUCUAGUCAUGUGUAUCUUUAGCGCGAAGUCCUCGUUUCCAUACCGGCAAUAUAUUCCAUUGAAUGAUUAAUACAAAACAGACAGUUUAGCUAUUUUAGCAGCAGGUUGACAGUCUUUAUCGUGCUUUGUAAAACGGAAUUACAGUAGUUGUCGUAAAUCCCAUGAGCUUAGAGUUGUGAUUGGACAAUAUAAGUGAUCACAUGACCCUGUAGGGUU